UACAUUAAUUUGUUUCCUAUUGUUUUAAAAGUCGUUGUUUCAUAAAUAAGAAUUAUUCGCUAACCAAAAAUAUCAAUUAUUUUAAAAAUUAAUUUUGAAAAAUGAAUCUUGCACAACUAAAGUGUCAUUUAAAACUGCUAUUUUGUUCAGUUUCAUUAUGUUUUGCUGAUAUUAUAAUUGGUAGUUCAUAUGUCUACUCAUCUACACUGUUGGCACAACUUCGUGAACCUUCAUCAAAUAUAAAAUUAAAAAUUGAACAAGAAUCUUGGAUUACUAGUAUUCAAAUGCUUCUUGCACCUGUUGGUUUAAUCUUAACUGGAAUAUUAGCAGAUAAGAUCGGAAGAAAAAAAGCAAUUCAAAUAUCUUUCAUACCGAUGAUUCUAAGUUGGCUAACACUUAUGUUUGCUAACUCCUUCACAACAAUUAUGAUUGGAAAAAUAUUACUAGGAUAUCCUUUUGGGGUAGGCAGUUGUAUGUGUCUGUACAUCGCUGAAGUGUUUCCGGUUCAUCUGCGGGCAUUGCACACCGCUGGGCCCACGCUGUUUGUAGGCAUAGGCAUGUUGCUGGAAUGCGUCCUGUCCAUGUAUUUCCGGUUGCAAACAAUAACAGGCGUGCUAAGUGCAAUGAGUGUCGGUGCCUUCAUCAUGUUGUUCUGGGUGCCAGAAUCGUCCAAGUGGCUCCGAUCCAAAGGAAAAUAUGAAGAAGCUGACAAGGCGGACGCGUGGUUCGACCUCAGCUGCAUCAACACAGCCUGCGACCAGUUUGGUGGUGAAAAUCCUUCCGGAGAGGGCAAACGCCCUCCAAGAGAGAGUGGAAAUCUCUCAGAUCAAGCAUCUUGUUGGUCAUUGUACGCACAGCCAACCGUCUGGAAACCCGCGCUCAUCACGAUGACGUUCUUUAUCUGUCAACACUGCAGCGGUGUGUACGUGAUGAUGUUCUACAAGGCCGACAUGAUCCGAGAUUUCCAAUUGCCGUGGAACGACGUCACCGUGGCCGUAUUCCUGGCGGCCGCACGCGUGCUAGGCGGCAUCAGCUUCGGCAUUCUGCACCAUGUCAAGCGCCGUACGAUGCUUGCAGUCUCCAGCGCUUUGAUGGCCGCUUCGCUGGCGUUCAUCAUUGCGUACAUCUCCGCGUUUCAAAACGUUGAACACCCACCGUACGUCAGCACGCUUGUCUUUGCGUUAGUCGCAUUCAUGUUCUUCGGUCUAACCGGCGUCGUCCCGCUGCCUUGGGUACUCUGUGGUGAGGUGUUCCCAAUAGCAAUUGCAGGUACAAUGAAUGGAUAUGUUCAGACUUUUGGAUACAUCUUAUGGUUUUUGGUCGUAAAAAUGUAUCCAUUAUUAGUGCUACAAUUUGGAAUAAUAUGUAUCUGGUCAAUAUUCACUAUAUUCUGUGGUUUGAACGUUUUAUUUGCCAUAUUUAUAAUGCCGGAAACAAAAGGAAAAUCUCUGGACGAAAUCUUAUCAAAUUUUGAAUCAGAAAACAAAAGAACAAAGCUUAACCACGUACCGUAAUGAUAUUUUAUAGGUUAAAUAACAGAAACUAUGUUAAGUCUUAUUAUAUUUUUUUGUUACAGUUUUAUUUGUAUCUAUAUUUGAAUGUAAAACAAUAUGUAUAUAAAACUAUACAAUUUAUAUAAAUAUUGAUAGAUUUUUAAAUCUACUCAUUAAAUCUUCUUAGUGCCUAUCCAUAUCGUACUAUCUAUACAAGUAGUUAGGUAGGUUGGUAGGUACAUAACUGCAGUAGUUCAUAAAUGCACGUGUGAUGUCUACCUGUAUAACAUUUAAGUGUAAACAAAGAAUGUCCACAUAUUGUACAACAUAAGACGAUGAUACACAUAAAGUUUACCGAUUAUUUUUAAAUAAAUUUAUAUAUUUUUAUUAUAUUUA